CCUCGCCUCUCCUUGUGGGGGCUUGUCCGCGGGGCGCACCUCCUCAGGUGUCUCCUGUGAGGGGCCGUCCCGCCUCCCCUUGUGCGGGGCUUCUCCUCAGGGCGCGCCUCCUCUUCAAGUGUCUCUGCUCAGGGGCGCCCUCUCCCCGCUGGUGCGUCUUCCCAGCAUCCACAUCUGAGUGUCCCUGGCGUCCCCCGCGCCUUACCACUCCUCAGUCUCUCCCUGGUGGGGUUGCUGGUCACUUCCCCGGGGUCCCUUAAUUCUCCCUGACUCCAGACACCGGUGUUUAGUCUGACUGUUGGCAGGUUGUUGGAAGGCUUGGAAUGACGCUGCGGGCAGUGGUAUCUAAGAGUGGUCUCCAAGAUGGGAGGUGCUGUGAGUGCGGGGGAAGACAACGAUGAGCUCAUAGAUAAUCUCAAAGAAGCCCAGUACAUCCGGACUGAACUCGUAGAACAGGCCUUCCGAGCGAUUGAUCGCGCUGACUACUACCUUGAAGAAUUUAAGGAAAAUGCUUAUAAAGACUUGGCAUGGAAACAUGGGAACAUCCACCUCUCAGCUCCGUGCAUCUACUCAGAGGUGAUGGAAGCCCUGGACCUGCAGCCUGGGCUCUCAUUCUUGAACCUGGGCAGUGGCACUGGGUACCUCAGCUCCAUGGUGGGGCUCAUUCUAGGUCCUUUUGGUGUAAACCAUGGGGUGGAGCUCCAUUCAGAUGUGAUAGAGUAUGCAAAACAGAAACUAGACUUCUUCAUCAGAACAAGUGAGAGCUUUGACAAGUUUGAUUUCUGUGAGCCUUCCUUUGUUACUGGCAAUUGUCUGGAAAUUUCUCCAGAUUGUUCUCAAUAUGAUCGUGUGUACUGUGGAGCUGGUGUGCAGAAAGAACAUGAGGAAUACAUGAAGAACCUUCUCAAAGUGGGGGGCAUCCUUGUCAUGCCCCUGGAAGAGAAGUUGACUAAGAUUACACGUACCGGUCCUUCUGCUUGGGAAACCAAAAAGAUUCUGGCUGUUUCUUUUGCUCCUCUGAUCCAGCCCUGCCAUUCAGAGUCUGGAAAAUCAAGAUUUGUCCAGUUACCACCACUGGCAGUUCGCAGUCUCCAGGAUUUGGCUCGCAUUGCCAUCCGGGGUACCAUUAAAAAGAUAAUUCAUCAGGAAGCCGUGAUCAAAAAUGGAAGUGGGCUAAAGAACACUCCUAAGUUUAAACGGAGGAGAGUUCGCCGCCGUCGAAUGGAAACAAUCGUCUUUCUGGACAAAGAAGUCUUUGCUAGUCGGAUAUCCAACCCCUCCGAUGACAACAGCUGUGAAGACUUAGAAGAGGAACAGCAGCAGCGGAAAGAAGAGAAAAACCUGUCUGAAUCAAAACCAGAUCCCCCAGUGAACUUCCUGCGUGAGAAGGUCCUGAGCCUCCCUCUCCCAGAUCCCCUGAAAUAUUACCUGCUUUAUUACAGAGAAAAGUAAUGCCUGCCUCCAAGGUGGCCUGGAAUAGAUGCAAAUGGAAGGGAAGUGUUGGACCCUCUUCAUUGUUUUUUCUAGUACUCGAUUGUCUUCUUGAAUUUAUUCAAUGGUAUGACUGUCUUAAAUAUGACUUGAUAUAAGUAAAGUGCACAGGAGCAUGUUUUCUCAGAAGGUAGAGACCUUUCUAGGGAAGGUGUUUUUCCUUAGUCCUAGUGAUGAAAUGCUGACUCUGCACUUAAGAGAGGGUUGAUGACAUUUCUCACCUGAGAUAGACUUGUCUGCAUUCAACAGGAAACCUGAAGUUGUCAUUAACCCAUAUUGCUUCUAAAAUCUGAGACAAAGCACAAGUUUGUAAAUCUUUAAAAAGCUGUGAGUUGUAAUUUGAGAAAGGGAAAGUGGUGGUGAGAAAAUAGAAUAAAUGAUGCAAGAACGAGAUGUCUUUCUGGAAUCUCAAAAGAAUUGCAAGAUUUUUUUUCUUUAUCCCAGAACCAACAGUGAAUAAUCCUUUGAAGAAUUUCUGAAGAAUGAGACAGGUGCUAUAUGUAAGUAACAGAAUGACGCCCUGUCUCCCAGCAGUGGUGAUGAUUGGGUGUUGGACACAGCAUAGAACACUGAGUGGUAUGCAGGGGUCAGUAAGGUGGUACCUCAAGGUCAUGGAUGACAGAUGGGGGUUCUGGUGUAGGCAGUCUGCAGGGAUUGUGUGUGUGUGUGUGUGUGUGUGUGUGUGUGUGUGUUUUCCUUUAGUUGGAAAUUUUUCUGUACUCAUAGUACUAAUUCUUAGAUUUUUAGCUUUUGUAAUAUGGAGAAAGAUACUUGUUAGUUUUAUACAUUUUCUUAAGAAAUAUAUGUAUUUUAAUAUUUUCAUUGUUUUAGAACAGUGUAACUUACAUUGACUUGAGAGAUUCAUCUUCUUCAGGCCUGUGUUGAGAGCCUUCUAUCUUUAUCAGGUUUAAGGGUCUAGAAAAGAUGGUCCUGUCAGAUAGCUGCUUAUUCCAAAACAUUGGUUCCUUUUUCUUUUUUUUAAGCCCAUUUUUUUUAUUUUUUGCUUUUUGGGUCACACCUGGCAAUGCACAGGGGUUACUCCUGGCUCUGCACUCAGGAAUUACUCCUGGCGGUGCUCAGGGGACCAUAUGGGAUGCUGGGAUUCGAACCCGGGUUGGCUGUGUGCAAGGCAAACGCCCUACCUGCUGUGCUAUCUCUCCAGCCCCUUAAGCCCAAAUUUUUAAUUUCUUUUUUUAAAGCCCAAAGAAUAGUAUAAAAUGUUAAUAAACUCAAAGAUAGAAAGUUGAUAUGUAGAAUUAAGCAUCCAGAUCUAGAAUUAAUUUUAUCCUUAGCCUUUUGUUUUUGUUUUGUUUUGAGGUCACACUCAGAGAUAUUCAGGGUUUGGGGACCAUAUAGGAUGCCGGGGAUCAAAUGCGGGUUCACCAAAUGCAAGGCAAACACCCUGCUCACUGUACAAUCUCUUUGGCCCCAUAUCUUAGCCUCUUUGUAGUUGCUGGCAUUCAGUCUCAGUAGUUUGACCAUCUUAACUGAAUUAUUCUUUUUUUUUUUAAACUUCUCUUCUCUAUUUUUAGUAAUAGAAUCAAUUUUAUCAUGGAUACUUAUGUGCAUGCAUAGCUCCGUAAAUGUAUAUUGCUCUAUAUUUGUAAUUUUAAGGUACUACAAAGACGGUUACUUCAUAGUUGUGUUUUUUCUAUCUUUUAACUAAAAGUCAAACUUGAUUCUUUUGGAGAGAAAUGCAUGUUUGAUAUUUACUUACUGAUGUAUAGUAGUUUACAGAUCCUUCUAGACAUUAUUCUGAUACAUAGAGACCUCUGAAAUAUAAGGAUGUUUUGAGAGAUAAAUGGCAUCUGUAAAUUCUGUCAAUAUUAGUAGCCUGACUAAAAAAUUUCCACAAAUUUCAUGGUUUUAACCGAACUUUCCUUCUUGCUGCAUUGUAAAAACUCUUUACAAUGCAUAAGACAUUUUUUUCCCUUUAUGUGUUAAAUCUUUCCUAACAAUUUGGACUUACAUGUUGUCAUUUAGUGAUUUUCAAACCAAAAGUUGGUUAUAAAAUACACACAUGUGUGUAUUGGUGCAAUAUAAGUCAAAUAGUUUGGUAUUUCUCUUAUACAAAUAAAGGAAAAUUGUAAAUGAAUUCUUCUGUGCUUUAGCAUCUUCUACUAGAGUUCAUAUGAUGUACUAUAUCUGUUUUUAAGCAGGUGAAUCCUGUAUAUUUGAAUCAUCUGGAGCCCUGUUAUUGUAACUCAUACUCUUGGCAAUUAUUGACUGCUUUAUCUUUUAAGUCUGUCUUUUUAUUUGUGAUUUGUGUCUAUAGUAUAGACUAUAGAAAACUAGAAAGCCAUAGUUGUGCAGAACACAUAUCAAAAUUAUAAAUAUUAAGAUUUUAAUGUAAAAACAGUUAUAUAAAACUUUCAGAGGAUUAGUGCAAGAAAUCGAAACAAAGAUUUUAAUGAGCUGACAUACAUAGAUACAUAUAGAAGGUAACAAUAAAAAUUAAGAACCAACA